AUGGCCCUCUCCAUGGCUCUCCUCCUCCUCCUCUUCUUUCCGUUCAUCUUCCUCCUCCACAGCCUCUACUACCGCCUCCGCUUCCGCCUCCCACCGGGGCCGCGCCCCUGGCCGGUGGUCGGAAACCUCUAUCAAAUCAAACCCGUUCGGUUCAGGUGCUUCGCGGAGUGGGCCCAAUCGUACGGCCCAAUCAUUUCGGUCUGGUUCGGAUCGACGCUGAACGUCGUCGUUUCGAACUCGGAAUUAGCGAAGGAAGUCCUGAAGGAGAAGGAUCAGCAGCUCGCCGACCGCCACCGCAGCCGAUCAGCCGCCAAUUUCAGCAGAAACGGUCAGGAUCUUAUAUGGGCCGAUUACGGGCCUCACUAUGUGAAGGUGAGAAAAGUUUGUACGGUGGAGCUGUUUUCUCCAAAGAGGCUUGAAGCUCUGAGGCCAAUUAGGGAAGAUGAAGUUACGGCUAUGGUGGAAUCCAUUUACAAUGACUGUACUCAUCCUGCCAACUCGGGAAAGAGCCUGCUAGUGAAGAAAUACUUGGGAGCUGUAGCAUUCAACAACAUUACUCGACUUGCGUUCGGAAAAAGAUUUGUAAAUUCGGAAGGUGUAGUAGACAAACAAGGACAAGAGUUUAAGGCCAUUGUUGCGAAUGGAUUAAAGCUCGGUGCAUCUCUUGCCAUGGCGGAGCAUAUCCCAUGGCUCCGUUGGAUGUUCCCACUCGACGAAGAGGCGUUUGCCAAACACGGGGCCCGUAGAGACAGUCUCACACGGGAUAUAAUGGAAGAGCACACACUUGCCCGCCAGAAAAGUGGAGGUGCCGCUAAGCAACACUUUUUUGAUGCUUUGUUGACCCUUAAAGAUAAGUACGAUCUGAGUGAGGACACAAUCAUCGGCCUUCUUUGGGACAUGAUCACGGCAGGAAUGGACACAACCGCAAUAUCCGUGGAGUGGGCCAUGGCGGAACUAAUCAAGAACCCGCGGGUCCAACAUAAGGCCCACGAGGAGCUCGACCGUGUGAUCGGAACCCAACGCAUCAUAACCGAACUCGACUUCCCAAAUCUCCCAUAUCUCCAAUACAUCGCUAAAGAAGCAAUGCGAUUGCACCCACCAACUCCUCUGAUGCUCCCUCACCGAUCCAACGCAAACGUCAAAAUCAACGGAUACGACAUUCCCAAGGGGUCCAACGUCCACGUCAACGUGUGGGCCAUAGGGCGGGACCCACAAGUGUGGAAGAAUGCUUCGGAAUUUAGGCCCGAGAGGUUUAUUGAGGAAGAUGUUGAUAUGAAGGGCCACGAUUUUCGACUGCUCCCGUUUGGUGCGGGGAGAAGAGUUUGCCCCGGUGCGCAAUUGGGGAUUAAUUUGGUGACGUCUAUGAUUGGGCAUCUUUUGCAUCACUUCGAGUGGGCCCCGCGUGAGGGUAUGCUUGCGGAGGAGAUUGAUAUGGGUGAGAAUCCUGGUCUGGUGACGUAUAUGAGGACUCCGUUGGAGGCUGUGGCUACUCCUCGAUUGCCCGAGUUUCUGUACAAACGUGUGGCGGUCGAUAUGUAAUUUUGUUGAUUUCCGCCAAGACGAAUUAAGUGUUUACUUUUGCUAUUUUACUUGCCCAUGAAUAGCAAUUUCACCAUUUGCCUAGUUUGAGUUAUAAUCAUAUUGAAAUAGUAAUUUUCAUUUUA